GAGUAAGAUUUUAUUAUGAUAAUUAUAAUUCAAGACACAUUUUAAGGUAGAUGCUGAGCUGAUAUAAUUUAGUACACCUUCUGGUGAUGUUGGAGUGUGUGGCAUAUGCAAAUAAGUUAUGCAAAUGAGUUGUGCUAAUAAGCUCCGGCAUCUCUUUUUCUAUGAAACGACCCCUAUCAACUACACUGUCUCAGGCUCGUUCACUUGCUCAUCUUCUAACAUUAUAUAUGCCACUUAAUGUCAACAAUACUCUCCAGUUUUCUACAUAGGACAAAUGGGUCAAAUCCUAAACCAAAGGAUAAAUGGACACAAAUCUGACUUCAGAGAUCAAAAAACUGUCACUCCAGAGUUCCAGGACAUUCAAUGGGGAACUUCAAAGGAGCUGUUUUAUCACAAAGGAACUUAAGAAACAGAUGAGAACAGGAAAAGUUAUUAGAACAACAUGCUGGACAAUGGAACCCCCAGGGCUUUACAGAGAUAUUGGUUUCUUAUGUCACUACACAUACUAAGGUCAUUCGGUUCUGGCAUCCGCAGUAAACUCCUCUAUUAUGCUAAUUUUCUACUAUUCACAGGUCACCUCACUUUUCUUCACUCUUAGUUAUAUUUACUGCUCAGUCUUGAUUAAUUGGCCCUUCCACCAACAUAUAAUGGUUGGUGACCUGUUUCAACGCAUCUGAAAAAAAAUCUGCAUCCACACGAAAACUUAUACCCGGAACAAAACUUUGCUGGUCUUAAAGGGGCCGCUGGAGACUCAAAACUUUGUUCUAGUGUUCCGACAAAACGAUCACCUCCGCAACCCGAAGCCAAAAACGUAUCCUCUAAGCCUCUUCAUCACAAGCUGAAAGCAAGACAAAAGCUUUGACCCCGGAAAUAUUAACAGUGACCUGUCGUUUUCAAAAUGCCCAUAGUUUAGCAGCGCAUCGCUAUGCGCGGGUUUGCAGCGUUUCCUACAGCGUUUACAGCGCAAUCCUAAACGGGGCUGCAUUUGCAGGUAAUGGUCUUAAAAUGGUGCAAUUCUGUUUACGAUUCCUUUGUCGAUCACCGUUAACCCACUUCGGAGAGCCGAGCUCACAAGUCCCGUCUAAAGUUUUUACGCGGCUUGUCACAUGGCUGGAAGGACUCGGCAGGAAGUGACUUCUGGUUCCUGGGCCGGGCGGCGGGGCUGCAGUUUGACUCUUGUGCGGUUGCACCGAAUAGAUCGCUUGGGGACGAUAUUUACCAUCUGUCGUGGUGAUGUGGGUACAGAAAAAUGUGUAAAGAAAGAGAAGAAAUGUAAAGAAGAGAAGAGUUACUCUUGAUGGGAUCUGUACCAGAACACCGAUGAGAUCGACAAAAGUGAUGAGAUACUGCUGGGAAGUAUGGAUAGAAACAUUGCAGAACAGCUUAAUAAGGCGUACGAAGCCUUUCGCCAGGCGUGCAUGGAUAGAGAUUCUGCAGUGAAAGAGCUCAAACAAAAGACAGACAGCUAUGAAAAACAAAUACGUGAGCAACAGGAUCAAAUAGAAUCUCUGACAAGAGCUGUUGCUAAGCUCAAAUCACAGUUGUCUCCUUUGAAUGCAAACAGAGUGGAUACACAUGAUCCAAUUCCAGUCCCUGAUAACAAUGAAAUAAGAAGGAAUGGUACUUUGUUAAACUUGAAUUGUGAUCAGCUCCAUGAGAAGUUAAAGCUGGCAAUGGAAAGAGAGAAACGUUUAAAGGAACAAUUGGAGAUUGGGAGCAUCAAACUAAAGCAAACAGAGGAGGACAACAAUUUUAAAGAAAAGGAAUUUGAAUCUGUUAUUGCUGUCAAAGAAGAUGAAAUAAGAUUUCUCAAGAAACAGCUCAAAGAAAUAAGCAAAGCACAAAAUUGUACGCAGGUACUAAGAUACGAAAAAGAGGCAAAAAGCAACAAACAGGCUUCAUCUAGACAGGAGUUCUCUCCAGGGUCCUGUGCUGCAACAGCCUUUGAGAGGGAUGAACUCGAGACUGUUUUCUGGGGACUGACAGAAGAAUUCCAUCGCAUCCGUACGCUAGCGAGGACACAGACGGACCAGCUGAGUAAAUUUAAGCUACGGAGAGAACCUGUCACUGAAAUUCCAUUCUCCAAGCCUAUUCAGUGUACCGACGAACAUGCGGAUGAUCUUUGUAACCCUUGGGUUAAAAAGGAUAUCAAUAGAGACCUUGUCCCCCUCUUCCCGUCCAUUACCCCAAGAGGCAUGGGCCCAGAUGAGGAAGAGAACUUUGUAGAGUCCCUUUCUAAACUGAGCGUCAAGUUCCCGCCUACAGACAAUGACUCGACUUUUUUGCAGAGUACAGCAGACGCGCUGCCAAUGCCCUGUGCAGUGGGGCCGGAAUGCUUGCUUCCAGAUCUGCAGUCCAACAGGGAGCUUGGCGAUCCAGCUGGGAACUUCAGUGACGCGACGUGUCCCUUGUUUGACGAACGCAGCGCUGUCCCCUUUACUCUAGCUGUGCACGGCCCAUUGGUUGUGAGCAAAGCCAAACCCAUGACCCACACAAACGUGCUCUUGCAGAGUCCUUUGGACAAAGCGCCUGGCUUCAAAGCACCGUUCUUAAACAAUUUCGGAGCCUUCCCCUCUUUAGACGCUAAUGAGAGAACUGUUGAUGCGUCUCAGCAGCCUCUCUGGAAGCCUUAUCAUGCUCAAGACAGUGCCUUAUUGACGGUUGCUUCAGCAGACUCGGAUCCUGAUCAGCCUGGAAUAUGUGAAUUCUGCCAAAAAGUAUUCCCACCAUCUCUUACAUCGAACGAAGAUUUUCUAAGACAUCUGAAUUCACACUUUGACAAGAAGACUUAGUGCAACUGGAAUGCGGAAAUAUUUUGUUUAAACUGAAACGCUGCAGUUUCUUUGUAAAUGAGUUCAGCCAGAGUUGUACGGACUGUUCAGUUGUAUUAAAGCCACUGUUAGUGUAUAGGAGAAGCAUGUAUAAAUAUACAUCCAUUAACCUCAAAAGGGGUGGAGGGAUUUGGGAAGAGGGGACUAACGGCAUGGGCCCUCCAGUGACAACAAAGGAGCAAGGUAACCUGACCUGUUACUGUAUUUCUAAAGAACUGUUAUUUGCAUCUUUUUAAAAAUAUGUAAUGUUAAUUGUAAUUAUGGUGCAUCUUGAACCCUCACUAAGUAUAUUAAUUUGGAAACAAGUCCUAUCUAUUUCAAUAAUUAAUGCUAAGUACUAGGGCCCAAGAAAGAUGUGAUAUGAGCCACAAGUAAAGUGAAGAAUUUCACUUGUACCCAUCACUGUUAAAUGCUCGUGUUCCAUAAAUUGUGUUCAUGGACUAGUAGCCAUUGGGAUUACAAAUUGCUGGCCCAUAUAAUGCACAAAUUGGCCAUUACACAAGAUAAUUGUAUUUUAAAAAGAUGGAAUUCUAGCCAGCAAACCGUGUUUUUUUUUUCAGACUUUCGGAAUGAAACAACUUAUCUAGAGCAGAACUAGAUUUUUGUUCUUGACUUGAGAUUAGUGAGCAUCCUUUAUUAAUUUGUUCAAGUGAUUUCACUACUGUAGUAAAAACUGAUUCUGUGAGUCGGGGGUCCAUGGAUGCUAUUGUUUGAGACAGGUAUGAAAUUUUCAAAUUGAAUUGUGGUAUUACAUCUCUUCUAUAAAUACAGAAUUUGCUCCAUUAAAAAAUCUUAAUUCUUGCAUCAAUAAAGUACUUUUUUUUUAGGGGGAGGGGUUUGAAAUAAUUUUACUGGUAAGCAUUGUACUACAGAUUUUGCCUAGAGGUAAUUCACACAAGAGGUAACUUCCUAUAUGUUUUCUUCACACAAGUCUCCUUUAAAAGACAUGCUAACUUUGUUAUGUGAAGAUGCAAUAAAAAUGACAUGUGGAUUUAUCAGGUGUAA